AUGGGUCUUAUAAUCAUUUCUGUUUUAAUAAUUAUUGCCCUUCUAUUUUAUAGGUAUUUUGGUCGUGGAGUUUCGUGUUUUCUUGCCAGGUGUUUCGGAUGUAGUUCUGUUCGCUUAGGAAGAUGUGGAUUUUUUUAUGUAUCGCAUAUCAAACUAUGUCUUUAUAACGGUACCAUUAUUGAAGUUGACGAUUUAAGGCUUUCUUCCAGUCUCUUCAGCUCAAUAUUUACGAAACCUUUGUCAGUCUCAGCAGGUGAUAUACGGAUUGAGGGCAAUCGAAGCAUGUUUAUUAAAGGAAAGUCUUCCUCCACUCAGAUCAGCUUCAGAUUAUCAUCUGGUUUCGAACGAUUUAUACAUUGGUUGCAGUAUACUUGUAUCGUUAUCCGAACAGCGCGGAUCGUACUUCUUGACGUUGUCCCAGGCUGUCUUUUGCACUGCACGUUUGAGACCUUCCAGCUGGAUACAUUUCGUGACCGUGAAGGGGUCCAAAUGGAGCUUGUCUGUCACCUAGCACAGUCUAAACUUUUUGAACGGGCUUCAGCUCAGAAUACAUCUGCGCUGUUGGAGGUUUCAUUGGGUGGAAGGAUUUCCCUUGACUUCUCGAUAGCGGAAAAAGUGCUGAAGCGUGUUGUUUUUUCUGUGGCUAAUCCCCUAUUUUCUGUCUCUGAUGGAUUGUUCAGAUACCUUGGCGGCUCUACUUUUAAAAGGCCUGAAAAUUUAAUUAGUGAAAAAGGUACUUCGUUGUACGAACAGUCCUCUGAUGUUUUGACGACACCGACCGAUUUACCAACUGUUAAAUUGGAUAUCACAAACAUUACUCUUUCUUAUAUAGCAAAUCUUGGUGAAUUAGGAAGUGAAAAACGGACGUUGUCUACAACAAUGAGCUGUGUAUCUGUUUCGAUAGAAGAAGGUAAUAGAUUUUCUGUAGCUUUGGCGAAUUUUACUAUUGCUGAUCUGUCGCCAAGGUCGAAUUUCAAGUGCACCGACUUCGUAAUUAACUUCAACAAGAAGAUUUCGGAUUCCAAAGUUCUGAUUGUGUCCUUUGAUAUUAGGAUUUUUAAUCCCUGGUGCGCGGUUUAUCUUAAUGAUUUAGCCUUUUGGACCAAUUAUAUUAAGCAGAUGCAGAGAAUUAUGACAGCAUCGAGAAAUGGCUUUGAUGAUAAUUUUGAAGUAGCAGAACAGUGUGGGGGACUAGACAUAUUAAAACAUUUUGAUGUUGUUCGAUCUUUUAAAAUAGGAACUGAGGAGGGCGAUGUCCAGACUCCUGGAAGCAAUAAACACCAUCUCAUAUCGAUAUCGGCUGAAAUUAAUGGCGUCCAGUGCUGUUUAAAGCCUGUGAGCGGGUGUGAUAUCGACAUAGGGAUCGACCUAAUCACUUUUACUUCUGCAAAUAAUUUUUUGACUGUUGAACUCGGUGUGGAAUAUUUAUGGGUACGGCACGGUGUUUCUAGCGAGGAAACCACAAACUUUUCUUUCCAGACGCACAAAUGGGGGACCUCAAUUGCAUUGUGUGCUGGAUUAGCCCAGUUCUCACGGUCAAUGGGACACAAUCGGCUGGCUGUUGAGCUCGAUGAAGGCCAUUUAGAGUAUACAGAUGAAUUUGCUCAUCAGGUUGCUGAGUUUAUUGGCGUCUUCUUCACUCCUGGAAGCUGUAGCCCUCCCAAGAGCGAUUCAUGGUCGCCUUCGCCUCAUUCCUCUACAGUGACUUCAAACGAGUUUGUAAUCCAGGUUUCAGCUGAAAAGCUUGCUGUUUUCCUUGUUGCGAGACAAGCAGCAUUUGCUGUUGUAUCUAUGCAACACGUACGGCUGAAGUCAGUCAACGAUCCUAUGACAGUAUCAUUAGCGUUUGAACAGCUUUCAGUUGGCCAGGGAUCAGUAACUUCUGAUUCUUUUACUUGCCAGAGUGUUUCUGGGAAGAUGGAAGCAUAUGACAAGUUUGGUGAAUGUGACAAACUAAUAAUUUGUUUCUCAUCAACGUCAACUUUUUGGGACUUUAUGGUUCGGGGAGAAGCUCCUGUUUUUCUAGUUUGGGACCCAACUAUGCACAUUAUUGUUCUCGAAACUUACCGGAGUAUCAAAGAAGCUUGUUCUAUAUGCUUUCCAAAAAAUAUAUCUGUCAGUUCUACAUCAAGGACUAACAGACUGAGAAUAGAAAGUCAACAACCAGUCACUUUUAAGUAUCGCUUGCCGAGGGAUCAUAUAAUGAAGUGGGAAACGUCUUCGGUUAUGAUUCAAAGGAAUAGUCAAAUUUCAUUUGUCUUUCCAAACUUUGUUGUGCGAAUGGAUGAUAACCCUAUUUUAACACUUGAUAACUUUAAGAUUUGUCGCCGUUCAAUAGAUACAUUAAUGGACCUUGGCCGUGCAGAAUUCCAGGAUUUAGCUGAUAAAACGAACAAGGUUUGGUCUUGGAGCGCAGACUCUUUGUCACUUCUUUUCCCAUAUGGAUACAACUUUGCAGCAUGCUUUGACGAAGUAAUCAAUUCAUGGAAAUGGAUUAAACUCGUGCAUAACAUAAAAUCGAAAGAUUUUACUGUUGAGACGCCACUUCCAAGCGACCUGAGGUUUUCAGUGAAAAGUGCCAUAUUUCAAAUCAAUGACGAUCCUUUCGAAGUUCAGUUGCAGUCAAAUUAUGAACUGAUGGUUGAUGAAGUUUAUGAGUGUGAGAGGAGGAGACAACUAUUAGAUGAAAAGCUAGAGGAACUAAGAAAACAACGCCUGCCCCUUCCACAAAGCAAGCGUGAUGAGCUGUAUAAUUCGUUGACUGAAAGAAAUGCUGAUAUGUAUAUACAGCGUUCAAAGAAGUCUCCACCGGCCAGAACUCAUCUUUUCCAAUGGACGGUUUCUAACAUUGAGAUACAUGCAUACGCAGAUUUGACACUGCACGGGAAAGAUAACUGCGUCAAGCUGAUGAGAUUGUUUAACCCUGAAGCCCCUUUUCCACCAGAAGGUAUGGAAUUCAGUACAUUGUGGGCCCGGGCAGUGGAGUUAGAUUUUGACGAAUGGAAUGUACAGUUUCGUGAUUAUCCAUUGCCUUAUAUGGUCAUGGAAGACGGCCAUUUUUGGGGGAAACUUGUUGGUGCUGAGCAUUAUGCAGGAAUGUCUCGUUAUAGAAGUUUGAGGAGUUGUAAAGUUUCACUUUGUCAGCCUUGGGGAGAUUAUGUGGUUGAUAGAAAUAUGUGUCCAAUCAAAUUCUACUAUGAUAUUGAAUGUGAAAUUGAGAAGCUUUGUGGUAUAUAUGGACCUUGUUGGGAACCUUGCCUUUCAAUGAUCAGUCUUUGUUGGAACAACAUCAGCGCUCCAUCACGAGACCCUAGCAUUCCACUUCCUGUAUGGGACAAAAUUCGUUUGCUUUUGCAUGGUCGACUUUCAAUGUUGUGCAAGGAGCUUACCACUUCUUUACUAGCUUCAAUUGAUCCUUAUAAUUCUACAGACCUUAUGGAAAUUUCCUGGAAAAAUUUCGAGUUUGAUUGGACAUCGGGCCAGUUUCUGGUUCAAACUGACGUAGAAGCGUUUGCUCGAAUGGCGUCCAAAUACGACGAUGUUCGUAUGCUUCAUCUUCCGGGGUUUAAAUUUUCGGUUCUUUUAAACUGGGAUUGUGUCGGUGACCCACACGACCAUCAUAGUGCUUUGCCAUUUGCUCCAGAUAAGCUGCCCGAAUAUUCUUCAACUAACCACGAACACGACUCGUAUCGUGCAUUUCGCUCCACUCACCUGGAUUUGAAUGUCAAUUACGAAGUGAAGUCUCCUUCUGAGCCGGCAGCUUUCAGCCAAUAUCCACAGAUAUUACUAUACGCAAACACUUUUCGGUGGUUGGACUUUCUGAAGAAUACAAUCACCACAGUGAAUCGUCCUAUCAAACGUGGUCCAUUAUUUAGGUCUAACCAGUUCAAGAAGUUGCAGCUGAGCCGACAUUUUAGGAAUAUUCGAAUUGACUUGACGUUACCUAAAUUUUUAAUAUCAUAUUGGAUGUCUUUCUCUUCUUCUCAUGGAUUCAGGAUGAUAAGUGAAAGUCUACAUCUGUUAUCUUCACUGGAAUUGCAGUUGGUUCAGAACGACUCUACAUUUCCAUUACACCUUUUUGGUGACAGCUCCAAGCCUGCGAGCGAUACAUUUGAUGCAAGAGACGAUUCAGAUUCGUUUUUCCUGGGUCUUCAUCGCUUAACUUACACUCGCGAGUCUACACAGGAGCAACGAGUUUACUUCUCACAAGUAAGCGCGGAAGCGAAUGAAAAUAAUGCAGUUCACAGACUGGCUAUUCACGAUCUACAAGCUUCAUGGACCCCUGAAAAUCGUGACACUUGUUUGGCUAUUGCAGAUGGUGUCCAAAGAGCACAUGUAUUGAGAAAAAUAUUGAGCAACGACGCCUUGAAAGCUUUUAACGUUGUCGAUAUUGGCAACCCAUCGUCUGUCGGUAGGUCUACUUCAAACCCCGGUUUGAAAUCUAAUUCCGCGCGCGUGCAUGUAGACAGUGAGAGAAGUCCCGGAAGGUCGCGAUUCGGAUCUGAUGGCCGCAUUGCUGAGGAAAAUGAUAUGUUACAGAAACUGAUUGAUGAGGCUGGUACCAAACUAGUUGCGCACAGUGAAGAGGCUACGGAUUUGCCGUCUGACAUGCUACAUGGAAUUGCACUGUGCCGUGCUAACGACUUGUUUUUAAGGAAUUGGCAAAUUGACCUGAUGAAUAGUCAAGUAGUCCUCCGUGGAAAAGAAAGCGAUGGUUUUAUUCUUCUAACGGCCACGAGAGCCUCUGUAACGCAAUGUAUUCAUAUGCCUGUUUGGAAAAAGUCUCAAUUGCUUUCUAAAGCGUCUUGGUCUGCUGUCAUUUCUGGCAUGCAAUAUUUUGCUCCUUUGGUAUUAACGAGCCACAGCGCCUGCAAUUCUCCUGCGACGCAAAGAAAAGAAAAAAGUUUCCGUUGGUUGCCUAAGGAAGUCAUUGAAGAAAAGGCUUGCAGUGAUCCGAAUAUAAGUGACAGAGUGGACAAUUUUAUUAACACCGGAGAGGCUGUUGGCGGUGUCGUUGCAGACCAACCGACAAAUUUACUGUACGAAGUGAAGUCGCAGUUACAACGCGUAGUUUCCCGAUGCAGUUGUCAGAUAUACUUUUGUUAUUUCUCUGACACGCUUGAUUUGGACACAGAAAACAUGCCUUUACCGCCAGACGAGGUGGAUGAUACUGAAAAAUUGUGGGGACAAAGGGAACCGGUAGAUUGCUUUACUUUAAAACACAACAUGCUUGAGGUGAGCACAAAUCCCGCGCAGUACGAAAUGGCUAUGAACAUAAUAAAUCACCUCGUAUUGUUCAUCGACCCGCGGAAAAAGGAGCUGGAAGGUAGAAGACAACGCUUACGGUUUGAGAACCAGUUAAAAACUGUUGAUGAAGUGAAGACAUCUAUAACAAAUAUGCAGGCUGGUUUACGGGACAUCAUAGCUACUAUCCGUAUGCAAGAAAGGUACUUGUUCUUUCAUAACCAACAGGGCUCGAACAGUUCAAAUGAUUGCAGCGUUUCGGAACCAGAAAAGGAAUUAGUCGCCGAGAUUGAUAAACUGAAAAAGGAACAGCUCACCCUAACAGAUGAAUUAGCCAUGACAAUAAGUUAUUAUAAGGAAAAACAGGUUGAACGUAUGCGUCAAUUAGUCGAUUCUGCUGAAGACGAACAUGCUUUAGUAGCUCGUAGGUUUGAAGUCUGUUUCGAAGACUGUAUUUGGAGGCUUACAGAAAGUGACGGUCAGAUAGCUCUAGCGGAAAUACAAAUUCGGAACUUCUUAUACACACGAACUGCUCGCGUUGACAAUUCAGGAGAACAUUUGCUGGAAAUCGGAACAGUUAAAGUAACUAACCUUUUGCCCGACAGUGUGUUUAAACACACACUGCAAGUGCAACGUACAUCUCAAGUUAAAACGGAACGUCAGCCGUCAAUUAGGCUGAUUUGCCGUGAUAUGGCUCCAGUCGGUGGUAUCUGUAUUAAAGAACACUUCGAGGUUAAUGUUUCUCCUAUGGUGGCUCAAAUUACAUAUCGUUUUUUUGAAAAAAUAAUGGCUUAUUUCUUCCCUGGCAGAAAUAUCGAUAAAGAAGAUCAACAAAACUUAGAUGUUUCAGACGAACAGCAAACGGCUCAGAGUUCAUCUGUACGACAGUGGUUUCAUGACGCCGUAAAUGGAUCUCUACGUCGUGUUGCAGAAAACACCCGCUCACGGGAUGAUAUUGAUCGUAUGAAGGAAAGAGCACAAAAAAAUAAUAUGUUUCUUUACAUCAAAAUUCCAGAAGUUCCUUUCAUUGUGUCCUACAAGGGGAACAAGGAUAAGAACCUCGGGGAUAUCGAUCGAUUUCAGUUUUUAUUUCCGCUUUGUGAAUACCAUGACAAAAACUGGACUUGGCUGGAUCUGGCACUGGCUGUUAAACAGCGGUGUAGGAAAGUGCUAAUUCAACAGUAUAUGAAGCAGAAACUUUUAAGAAACAGGCUGAAUGGAGCUGAAGGGGAGGCAACAGAGGUUGAUGAAGAAGAAAAAAAGAGAAUUGUACUUGGUUCCGCCAUUGUUCCUGACAAGGAAAAGAAGAAGACAAAAAAAAACGUUUAA